CAUAUAACGGUGCCUGCUGCUGGGUGGUUCACCCACUCGCAACGCGGUUGUUGUUAUACACAACAACAUUGUUGUUGUUGUCUUGUUAUACACAACAUUGUGGUUGUUGUCUUGUUAUACACAACGUUGUUGUUGCUGUCUUGCACCGUGCGUGCGCCAUGUGAACAUCUCACAGGGUGCAUGGAGGACCGUUGAGCGGCGGUGACAGCAGCGAGACCUCGCAGAGAACGCUGCCGGGCACAGCCGGGCAGGAGAGAUCACGAGAAUCGACGAACCGGCGACAAUAUUACUACUACUCAUCAUUAUUAUUAAUAAUAAUAAUACUACUCAUCAUCAUCAUUAUUAUAAUAACGCGUCUACGUUGUGGCGCGUCUACGUGGUAACACACCGAGCUGGGCCUGCCAGACCGUGUCACGGUCCGCCGGCUCUCGCGGGCAGUCCCCGCUGUGCGGCUGCAGCAGCAGCGACAUCGCCGCGUCUGCUGCUGCUGCCUCCUCCUCCGCCUCGGGCUGCUGCCUCCGGCGGGUUCAGCCCUCGCCGCGGGAGCCGCGGCAGCAGCGGCAGACGAACAAAGGAAGAAGCAGCAGCAGCGGCAGCAGCAGAAGCAGCAAUCGAGAGGCGACAGGCAGCAUCAGCAACAACAGCAGCAGCAGCAUCAGCGUCCCCGGGGUGGCCAUGGGCUGGAGACGUCUCCCUCGCCCACCUGGGUCGAUGCCCGCCGCCUUGUAGCCCUUGCUGCCGCUCUCGUGACCUCCUCCACCUCCUCCUCCUCGCACCUCCUCCACCUCCUCUCCCCUCCACCUCCACCCCACUGCCCCCCCGCCGUGCGCUAAGCGAUGCCCCCGGCCACCGAGGCCGGCCAGGCCGGGGGUCUCCGCCGGGCCCGCUCUGCGGCCAGCGUGGCCGUCUCCCCGGGGGCCUCGGGGCUCGUCUCGGCCGGGUCGGAGCGCUCCGCGGGCGGCGGCCGCCGGCGAGAGAGCGGCGCCACCGCCUCCAAUGGGCACCACCGCCACCCCGGGCAGCAGCAGCAGCAGCAGCAGGGGGAGAGCGGCGGGGAGAGCGGCCCGUGCAGCUUCUACGUGAACCGCGGCGGCUUCCCGCUGGACGAGGCGACGUGGGAGCGCCUGUGGCGCCACGUGGCGGGCGCGCACCCCGCGGGCGGAGACGCCGGGCGCGGCAUCCGCGGAGAGGCCGCCCUGGCGCAGCCUCCAGUUCCAGCUGUGCCGACAUUUCGACCGUCGAUGCCGAUCCCUGAGCGCCUGCUGGCUGUGCAGACCUACAUGCGGGAACUACAAUAUAAUCACACUGGGACUCAGUUCUUUGAGAUUCGCAAAAGCAGGCCAUUAACGACGCUUAUGGAUUCCGCUCGUGAGAUGGUGCAAGAAUCUCUUCCCAUCAAGUGUCUGGAAGCCGUCAUACUGGGAAUACACUUGACCAAUGGGAUCCCGGGCGUGGAGCGCUUCCCCCUCAGCUUCAAGUCUCAGUUCGGCGGGCGGACGUUCCGCCACGUGGUGCUGGGCGUCUACCACAACGGCCGCUUCGGCUCGCUGGGCAUGAGCCGGCGGCCCGACCUCAUGCACAAGCCGCUCACGUUCCGCUCGCUCUACGACCUCAUCGCCGACUUCCAGGAGGCGUACCGGGGCUACCUGCACACGGUGACGCGCAUCAAGGUGGGCCUGUCGGUGCCGCACGACUCGCAGAGCUUCGAGACCAUCGCGUGGGACCACCUGACGCUCAACACGCUGCGGACGAGCGCGGCCGAGACGCGCAGCCGCUUGGAGCGCCACAGCAGGGACAUCCGCUGCAAACUGCGUAAGAGUCUCUUUGGGGUUCCGUCUCCACCGAGGGAUCGUCGCCGGGGCAAGUCGGUGUCCCCGCACCGAGGGCUGAGCAGCGCGCUCGGCAGGCCCAGACGAGACGAUGGACUGUGCACGCCCGGAGGGAGGAAGUCUGCAUUGCCGGUCACCCUCACCGAGAGCGGCUACCAGAUCCGAGUGUGACCCAGCGAAGCGGCGAUGAUCCGCAGCAGGAGCUUGGAGGGCGCCUCUCCCUUCGUCGCCGAACCCUCCCGGCUGCAAACUCCUCGCACAGUGGACGCUACUUAACGCGGCGGAUAUCAAGCCCUGAUCGAUGUGGCUCCGUUUCUUUUUUUUUAAACGUCUUUACCUGGGAUUCCCUUCACUGCGCGGAAGCUGAGUUUGCAGCAGGGUGGGGUGUCGCAGCCUGCCUCGCGCGUGGACACCAGUUUCUUUGGAGACAACUUGACACGGGCGAUAGCUCCGUGGGGGGAAUUUUAAGGCAGAAAGCAGAAGUUAGAUUGUGGUAUUGUGUGCUCGGCUAGGGAUAAUCAAAAGUAGAUGGGGUUUUUUUUCUUUCCAAUUUACUAUAAUGUGUUUUUAAACAGAUAAAAGAGGUUUAUUUAAAUCCAUCUCUCAUGAGAAUGAAUUUGAACCAAAAAGGGACGUGGUCCCACGUGCAUGUUGUUUUGAUACGAAGUGCGAUUUGAUACUUUAAAAGUACUGAGGGACAGAAGCAAUCUAAACUUUGUAAUCCCCAUGUAGAUGUAACAAGGCAACUUUUUACUUCCUUAGAAUAGUUGUUUUCAAUAGCUUAUUCUUAUCUGCAUUAGAUGUGGGAAAACUACAAUUGCGUACAGUAGGGUCCACGAUUCAGACAAUCUUACGGGCACUGACAGCGGUUAUAAGAAAUAGAACUUGUCGCCUCUUGGAUGAGAAAAUGUACUUAACUCUGAACGAGGAUAAUAGGCAGGCCUCCCCACUAAACAACGGCCUGUGUUGUAGGAAAUGCUAUGAGUGAUGCCACCAGGCUUUUAUCCUCUGAUAACCAUUAUUAUAAAAAAAAAACAGCAUUAAAAUUACAGCCAUUCUUAAACCACUGACGGAUUAACCCCCGUCCCCUCCCUUGCACCACGUUGGUCACGGUUUUAUGUCGUUAUUUUGUUUUGACCGUUCAAAGCGUGCGUUGCGAUGGGUAGGAAUGGCUUCUGACAUCACUCGUGAAUGAUUGGCCGUGAAUGUGAGUCGCAACACGGCCACCCGGGUUGACAGCGCUGCCCACUGAGCCGCUACCGCUCCGGCCCACGGCAGCGCUACGGAAGUGGAGACUGCUCACUCCGAUGCAGCUUGCCCAGCCAAGCGCUGUGCCCCCUUUUCCUACCCGGCAUCGUGAACUCCCUCCAUCGAGGAGGCGCUCACGUGGACUGAGAUGGGAACUCAAGACGUGUGCUUGGGCUGUGUGGGCAGCUGACCUCACAAACAGUGCUGCCUGUUGUAGCGAUUAUUGUUUUUAGACUGCUGUAUAAGGUUUGCAACUCCCAUGUAUUGAAUAUGAGGAACAGCUGACCACUUGCGUUUUUUUUCCCAUAGACUUAAUUUAUUUUAUUCUUGGAGGAAUGCCAUACAACCACUUUUGCUUUGCAGGGAUUAGGGCUGCGGUUAUAGAGCAUUAGUCAGAAUAGUUCAGGCCAGGAUUUGGUAUUUCGCUGUCCAAAAUCUUCUCGCCAAAUGGCAAACAUAAAUCUCUCAUUUAAGUAGCAUCGAUACCUAGACAUUGGUUCUCAGGGACACGCUUUGAAUUAAAUUGGACGGGUUUUUUUUUGUAUAGAGAGAAGAAUGAAAGGGCCACUGGCUAAAUGUAAAAUUCAUGCAAGCACAUUGUAAAGGAGCUUUGUGUGUGUGUGAGCGAACAUUAAUCAUGACGCACAUUCUUAAAUGGGCGCGAUUCCAUGGAUAAUGAAAUCCAACUUAUCACUGAACACAAACACGUGGCAAAAAAAAGUUACAAACACUAAAGAAACAAAUAGCACAAUAUAUUCCGUUGCGUUUAAGUUUACUUUUUAAUAUAGUUUUAGUGUAGAAUCCCACAAGUGUCAGUUUGCUCAUUAACAUCCUGAAGACGGACACACGUUUUUAUAUAGCAGGGGCUGUUUUACAGUUAUUGCAUUUUAUUUAAAGUAAACACAGCAGAGCUUGUGUUUCAAAUACUGCCUCAUACCUAGACAUAACCACCAGCCGUGCUUUAACAUUAUGGCCUUAAUCAGACGGUUACAUUAUCAAGCAUACUUAUUAAAGAUACAUUUCUGUCCACUGCUGUGACUGAGAGAUUGAGAUGGCAGUGUUGUUACUUGUGAUAUAUCCAUCAUGAAGCAGGGCCACGCAGCGUUGUUGUGCACGACUGCGUUUGAGAGUAAAUGGUAACACGUCCCAGUCGUGGUGUCUCGCAAUGGUUGGAGGCAAGCGUGUUAUGAAGAUAAAAGUGCAGCCCCGCAAUUGCUUGUCCACUCCACUGCUAGCAGAAGAGCCUCCACUCGAGAGAGCUUUAGAGAGCUCCUCUAUUGGACCUUGUCUUUUCCAGACGUCUUCGAACAGUUGGGAGUAUCCACAAUCUACCCCACCACAUGUGACCAGCGGAUCGACUAAUUAGAAUUAUUAUCCAGUGAUCACAACACGGGGCUAUAAAAGGCAGAGAUAAAUCCACUUUUUGUUGGUGGGCGAGGGUUGUCGUGGAGAGACGCCAUCUGUUGCGUCUCUGUUACGAGCCGCAGCUGUCCCUGGAGUAUGAAGGCACAAAGCAUGAAUGAAGGCGGGUAGUUCCCAUAUUUAGACAACCACUGGUAUGUGUCCUGGAGGCUCUGUUGCACUCGACCGUAGUGGUUUGGUUUGCAUCUCGUACUAUAUGUGAAUAUUUACACAGCAAACGGGGGGAGAUGGCGUUCCAUUUUGAUGAAGGAAUGGUAACGUUUAAGAGAACACACCGUAGACUUUCCUGGACCUCGUACAAUGACUGAGUGUGCAGCUUUAAAAAAAAAAACUAUUGUAAAUGACAUGUUUCAGACAACAGCAAAAGACAAUAUCUUCUUUUCAACACUCCAUCGCGAGAACAUUUGCCUUCUGUCACAGUUGUGAUGAGCGGAUUGAUUUUUCGUUCUGGUAGAAGGGCAAUUUAUUUCAAUACUUGGCAGAAAAAAGCAACACGAUUAUGAUUAUCAACAUUUAAUGCUGAAUUGUCUAUUUACCGCAGCACAAAUCAAUCCCCUUUCCUCAACGCGCGAAUGACGUCCAAGGAGUCGCCACGACUCCACUUCGUCUUGUCCGAGCAGUGUAGCUGCAGACUGUUCUCAUUUCAGUUGCUAGAAUUUCUAUUCGGCAUGUCAAUUAGAAAUCGUUGGGCUGCGUCACUUUUCCAUCGUCGAAACUCAUUAGGCGUUGGAUAAUUUUCAAACGAGUGUCACGUUAUCCAGGCUGCUCGUAAGGACUUGGAUUGAAGAGUGGUGUUGGCAUAUCAACAAUGUUUCCUAUUCACUCCCAAUUUUAUAAAGUCUCAAAUUUUGUUUUAUUCCAAAGGUCCGUUAACACAUUGUCCUGGUAACUGAACCACCCCCUCCGCUCCCCCUCCCAAUGGGUUUUCCGCAGAGACGCUGCAGGGAAGACCGUCUUGAGAACGAUUCCUUCUCAGUAUUUCACGCAAACUGUUUGCCAACUCGUGUUGUUGUCCUGUGCAGUCACAUUUUGUGUUCCACCUUUCCACUUGAUGGUAAUUGCUUUUUAACCUAAGCGAAGCAAUAACAACAUCGUCACAUUUGGGUGUCUUACACCUGCUACCCAAAACGUGCAUAAGCUUUAUAACAAGAACCAUAUUUUGCACUAUAAGUGAUCGCUCAUCCUCUCGUAUUUGCAGCAGAGGCCAACAGUGAUAUUAGUAAACUUAGAUUGUGUUUGUAGUGAUGCUUAUGUAUAAAUAUCGUUGCAGAUUUAGACUUUGAAUGACACUUGUUUUUAUUGUUUUCAUAAUUGUUAUGGACAAACCGUAGGAAGGGUACGUCUCAGAUAUGCAGUGGUAUUUUAAAAAUCGCACAGCAGCUAACAUCUGCUCUUGACAUUUGAAGCCUAUUCUGAAAUGCUGUAUAAUGUCAUUGUUUAGGGCAGGGGAACCUCCGGCCUGUUGACGCCAUUGAUCCGGCGCCACAAGCAUCUUUGCUGCACUAAUCGGGUACUCGAGGGGGACAUUUUGGACUUGCCGAGUAACCAAAGUGUAUCGUUAGGGAAUGUGUGGCCAACAAAAAGUAUUCGAAAAUUAUGUCGGGCCCUCAGGAGAAGGCUCCCCACCCCCGGCUUAAGGUCAUUCGACGCAUGAGCAAUGUUCGACAUUUACAGGCUCAGCUGAGCAGAUUUGUUGACGAGGAGACGAUGCUGAAAUCAAAAUAUUUUAAUGUUGACACGUGGAUCACUUCAUGAGCAUAUAGCCUGGGAUUUGUCCAAAUGUAGUAUUGUUUUAGCGAGCAUUAGCUUAGCAUUAGUUUCAUAUCUUUAUAAAACUGCAAUUUGGUGGCCAUUUCAUAUUGUUUGCUAUUUUUACAUAUUGAACACUUUUUUUUACGUAAGUCUUCUACAGUUGGAUGCUGUAUAUUUAAAGCUUCAAUAAUACAAGAAUAAAGCCACAUCUUACGCGGGUAUAAGUCCAUUAUUAAAUUCCACUGGGGGUUAGAAAACGUAACGUACGUAUGGCCUCGACAACUUGAUUACCAGUACCAUUACAAUACACACCAACAGCAGAUUGUUAGUAUUAUCUUGCAGGAAGCACACUUUAUUGGAAGAUUGAAACCUUGCGGCCGACUGAGGAACGACUUUAGACUGAGAUAUCGCAAUCUUCUCACUCUUGACACUCAGUGGAGGCUUUCCUGGACGAUCUAAAUGACAUAAAAAUAAUGUGUCGCUACAAAAUGUUUUAUUUUAAAAUUUACGAUUUUGUUUUACAUUCAACGAAAGCACAUACUAAUUCGUUAUAACAUUACGUAAAACGGCAUCAAUGUGAUAUUUAUUAAAUCCGACUGUGAAUACCAAUGUCUAUUUCUUUCAAGAUGCCCCACCUACAUGCUUCCCGUCAACUCUCAUUGCCGUGGUUUAUUCAACUCCAUAAAUCAUGAACGGUUUGGACAUUUGUAGUGAAGACAAUAGAGGAAAUGUUUGCUUGAAUAACUUGGUUUUGGAAGUGCAAGCCGACGGCUCACAAUUCAGAAUGGUUGAAACAACAAACUUGAGAUGCACCGUACACACCAGGGGUGGAUCGCUCUUGUUUUGUUGAACUGUUUGCGGCGUUACACGGUCUUGUUUUAGCAAUGUUGGAUAAUCGUGUUAAAGCUAUUUUAGUCCAAGGGUGCUAAAAUAAAGACGUGAGAUUAUUACUCGGGAUGACCAAGAUCAUCGUGAAUUAGAACAAAGCGUCUCGUCAAAAUAAACACAUUGUGUAUUAUAAUAAUUGUUUU